GUUUGUUAAGGAGGACAUGUAUGCAAGGAAAAGAUGGCGACAUUUUCAAUAUCUUGCAGAGCAAUUUUGGAGCAGAUGGCGAAAGGAAUAUAUUUUUAACAUUGCUCUCAGACAGCGCUGGCACAUACCAAGAAGAAAUUUGCAAAUAGGUGACAUAGUAAUAAUGAAAGAAGAUGAUCUACCUAGAACUGAAUGGCGUUUAGGUAGAAUAGUAGAGACCAAAACUGACAAAGAUGGACUUGUAAGGAGGGUCAAAAUCCACCUCGGAGACCAGAAGCUAGGUAAGAAGGGAGAAAGGCUUAGCAAACCGUCAGUAGUUGAACGCCCUAUUCAGAAGCUGGUCCUUUUGCUGGAGACUAGUUAAGAUCUGUUCCUCAACACUCUCCACAACUUGACCUUUACCUCAAUUAGUUUGCUAUUUCAUUGAGCUUGUUGUUUAAAAUGCUGUUAUCAAUUGUCUGUCAGUGUUGAAAUCAUUAUAGUUAAAUCUUUAAUGAUUUGGUGGGAGUGUAAAGGACACAUGAUACUUCAGCAGGGCUUGAAUCGCAGCAUUUGCGUGACUUUUAUUUUGAUAAGUUAUUGAGUUUCCUGGUUUGCAUAAUUAAUUGUGCAGUUUGCCGGGAAUAGGAAAGGAAAAUGGCGACAUAUGGAGUUAACAAACAAGCACCUCGCUGAAAAGUGAACAAGGUAUUAAUUUCUCUGUUAUAUGUAAAACAAAUGUUACGAAUGUUUAUGUUAAGUUAUUUAUAUGCCUUUUAUUUGUACUUUGCCUUUUAUAGCUCUUACGGUGUGUUUAUGAAACAAGGUUACGGAAACGAAAAUAAACAUUCAUAAACCAUCAGUCUGAGAGUUGACCAUCAUUCAGCCGGGGUCGCUACAGCAACCUCCUCCCUUCCCAAAACCACCACUGUUACCCCCACCGCCUCUCUCUCUGCAGCAGCCUCCGUUGUCGAGAUUCCCGAUGACGUGCUGCUGUCGGCCAGCAUGGAGUUGGAGGCUGCAUCUACCUCCCAGUCUGCAACCAGUGGAGGGCCCGUGCCAUCCCAGCGCUCCCAACCGACGGCUGAUCCGGGAAAGCAGCCUUCGCAAAUGCUGUCUGUAGCCAGGAGAGAGCUACUUUUGCCCGAGGGCUGGAGGACAUCGCUACCUAAAGAACAGCAUGUGUGGGUAAGCCAGGUCCUUUUCACCAGGGGCAAGGACGGAAAGCCUACGCUGACCUCCAACCUUCGCCUUUGGUGGUUUCCUCCCGGCCCCCCCAACGUGCACCUCCAGCCCCCGACAUCGCCCGACACUUUUUUUCAGCGCCCGUUCUUCCUGUGGAUGCCCUACCGCAUGUGGGGCUACAAGCUCUCGUGCACAGCGUGCAGCCACAGGUUGUCGGGAGCCGGACUCUACAGGACCGUCCGGAGGGUCCUGGACACAGACGGAUGGUACUUUAUGGCCACAGAGUACCUGGAGUGCCGGCGCUGCAGGAAGAAGGUGGCGGGCUGGUCACGGGAUGUCUUGGAUCAGCUGCACCACACCCACUGGGAUGAGUUUCCAGCUAUCCUGACUUACAGGUUAUCCUGUGACAAAAAGCUCAUUGGGCAGAUGCGUGACCGCACGCUGGACAACGGGGCCAACCGGCUGCGCAGAUAUCUACUCGAGGAGCACACCAGGUCCUGGAUCUUGCAUUCCAAAAGUUACCUGUUUGCGUUUGCCAAGUUUAUCACAUCGGGUGCCGAGCCAUUUGCAACUCCGCCUCUACCACCACGGAUGACCCCUGUGCCCAGUGCAAAGUGGUUGCUGUCCGUCUACGCCAGGGAGGUGGCUUUGAGGCUUGAAGAGACCAAGGCCCGGAUCACCUCCAUCUUUGGCUCAAUCUUAAAAAUGGACUCAACCAAGAAGGUGACCAAGAAACUUGCUGGUGCCGCGGCAGGUACGGCAGCCUGGGUGACUAACGUGGAGAAUGAGCACGGCCAGAUCUUGAUCAGCGUCCUCACUGCAGCCAAGGGCGCUGGCCUGCACCCCAUGGCCACCGGGCUGAUGCAGCGAUACCGUGAUGCCAGUGUGUCCCCGCCUCUGGUCCUAUAUGUGAACCGAGACUGCUGUUCCCACGGGGGACCAUCCAAGGUGUCCCUCUUAUUCCACCAGUGGGAUCAGCUAGUGGUGCGGCUCGAUGUGUGGCACCUGAUGCGACGCUUUGCGGCGGGUGUCACCACGGAGAGCCACCCACUAUACAGCCUCUUCAUGGCACGUCUCUCAUUCUGUAUUUUUGAGUGGGACCAGGGAGACGUCGCCCAGCUGCGACAGGCCAAGGCUGGUGAGGUGGGGAAGGGUCCCCGAGGCUCCGGCUACGGAAAUAUCCCGUUAAAGGAGCUGGCCCGCCACUGCCGCCGCCGCACGCGUGGUGCAGAGGAGACCGGUCGGCUCAUUGACGAGAUGCUGGAGGCCUUUGGGGAUGCCACUGACACCAUGGGUGUCCCGCUUUUGGACCGCGACAAGAUCCAGGACAUUUGGAAGACUCAGAGGCGCCACCUCCACUGCAUCCAGGACCCACCCGGCGUGCACCUGUACAUGCAGACCGGGCGGCUGGUCAAAGGGGGGAUCACGCUACCAGUGUUCAGGUGUGCGCGAGGUACAACUUCGUUGGAGUCGUUCCACCUGCAUCUGGACCGCUUCAUACCUGGCACUUCAGCCAGCGCGGCCCACUUUCAGGCCUAUCUCCUGGAAGGUCUGGCGCGGUGGAACGAGGACCGUGCGGCACAAGCAGUGGGGGCAGCAGACCGUGAUGUUGUCUGCUACAAUGGCCAACUCCAGCACUCCGUCAAUGAGCUGAGUGAAUUUCUGUAUCACAUAAAGCUGGUUGAGGAUUACACCCAGCCUGCGAAGUGA